AUCUCCUUCCCUCUCUUCCUCUGCGGAGUCUGUCGCUUCCCCUCUCUCUCUCACUCUCUCUCGCUCUCCCGAGUCUCCUGAUAGUCAACAUGCACCGCGUCGCUCUCCUGAUCGCCUGUUGUGUGGGCGCUGUAGUAGCACGCCCACAGGCCGCUGCCGUCACGCCCAUCCCCAUCCUGGUGGACGAAAGGGUGCCCAUCGACCAGUUCGGAGGAUACGGGUUCAGGAUCCAAACAGGAAACGGCAUCGCAUGGCAGGAGAACGGAGCUGCUAGCGGACCCUUGAAUGCAAUCUCCAAGACGGGUCAAUACACGUUCUCUCAUCCCGACGGCACCCCCCACGUCCUCUCCUACACCGCGGGCGUGGGCGGUUACCAGCCUGUGUCCGACCUCCUCCCAACACCUUACCCUCUCCUUCCUUGGCAGAUUGAACAGGUCCGUUUCGCUGAAAGCCAGAAGGCGGCUCAGGCAGCAGCAGCAGCGGCGGGGACCGUUUAGAUUUAAGAAGUAGGAUGGUUGUCUUCGUGUUAUGUUGUUAAUACUCAGUCAUUUUAUUUUUUACUCAAGUUUUUUUUCGUUACUUUGUAAAUGUAAAUAAACAUUUGUCUUGA